AUGACCGAACACGCGACUCUCGAUGUUUUCAAGGUAUUGGAGAGUGAAUACUGUCCUCCACUCGACCCCGCUCUUUUCGCGGCUAUCGCGCAUGAUUAUGACUGUGACGAAAACUUCGACAAUAUCAACGAGUUGCGUACUACACUAAAUGAACUCAAGGCGUUUGCUGAAGCUCAAGAUGACUGCACGUUUGAUCCAUCGGGAACAAGUGGCCAGGGUUUUUGUGACGGGGACGGCGCUCCCUCGGCAAGCAUUCACUCGUCCCAAAAAACCUUACAAUCUCUCGAGUCCGCCAUUUCAAGUCUUGGGUCCACCUUUUCAGCGUCAAGCCUGGGACGAGAUGAAUCAACAGGAGGGCAUUCGUCGCAAGCCAAGAGCCAGAGAAUGUUUGCAAUACCGAGUUCAAUCCAUCCAGGAGGCGCAUUCUCGAAUCUGGGUCCAGAUGGGAGGCAGGAAUAUUUACAAGAAAUGUUCCCUUCUAUAAAGCCCUACACGAUUGCUCAUACUCUCGGAAAAUUUAACUACGACAUUGACAAGUCGAUGGAUGUUCUGCUCAACCUGGCGUUUUUCGACGAUUACCGCGAAGGCGACAACUCACAAAUGAAUUUUGAAUCCAUCUCAAUUCCAAAAGGAAUCGAAGGGUUUGGAGAAGGAAGUGGCUCAACAAAGGGCCGCAGGAAAGGAAAGGGGAAAAGGAAGCAAGGAAAGACGAAUGGAUUCCUGGAACAAUAUUCUGCUACUUAUACCGAAAACGGGCCAACUGGCAACUCGAAAGUCAACAGAUGGGACAAUGGAAAGAAAGAUGUGGAUUUUAUUUGCUCCAGGACUCUCCUGUCAUCCCAGGCCGUGGGCUCUGCUUACUAUUCCAAUGGUGGCCACCUUCCGACGACAAUCAGGUAUCUAGCGCUGAAAGAAGCUGAAAAGCAUCCGGAGAAACUUAUGAAUAACCCUGUCACUGUGCAACAAAUUGCUGAGCUUUUGGAAGAUUUUUCUACGAGCGAUACGCCGAGAUUGGCGGGAUUACUCAAGUUGACAAGAAACUCGAUUUCUGCAGCAAAAGAGCUUUUAGAAGUAAUGGUGAUGGAGCCAGAAACACCUUCGACUAAUAUAGAGCCUGCCAAGCCGGGACUUCCAACUACUAAGGAUUCUAAGUAUCUCGAAGUGAAAAGAGCUUCCGGGUCUAUCCGGCCCUUGCCCUCGACUUCUAAUUCUCACACGAGUUUUGCUGUUAGUCAUGCUCUUGCAGAUCACCAUCGACGCAUUGGAGAGACAGCAUUUGAUAAAGCGCAGGCUGCAUAUCGUCGUGGGAAAUCAGACCACCUUAUGGGUGCAGCUGCGAGCUACUAUUCCGGUAUUGGCCGUGAGCACAUCGCGCUCGCCAAACGAGAAGCAUCUGCUGCAGCUGACGCCCUUGUGGACUCGCAGUCAACCAGAAAGACAUUGGACUUACACGGAGUUAGUGUGCAGGAUGGUGUUCGCAUUGCAUCUGACCGAGUAGAAAUAUGGUGGGAAUCUCUUGGGGAUGCGAAGUAUGUCACAAGUGGAGGCAGGCCUGCUCAGGAGGGCUACCGGAUCAUCACUGGGCUAGGCAGACACAGCAAGAACGGCAUGGCCCGGCUUGGCCCUGCUGUAGCUCGGAAACUAGCAAGUCAAGGCUGGAAAGUGGAAGUUGGGGAGGGACAGUUGACGGUAACUGGACUGGUGCGGCACUCAUAG